UCGCCGAGAGAGUGGAAGCCGCGGUGGCGCUCUUCCGUUCCCCCCUUCCUCAUUCGGCUUCUCAGCUCGAAAACGCGAGCGCCAAAAAUCCCCCGCGCCGCCAAAGCGGCGGUUGGGGUUCCGGCCUCCGCCUCCCCCGCGGCCCCGGCCCACGGUAGCCCCGCCGUCGCCUCGCAGAUCCCCGAGGACCCCCAGCCUCGCCGCCGGCCGUGUCGUAUCGGCGGACUCCCUGGUGUUGAACGAGUUGUUCCUUUUGUAGAGGUUGCAUUACAAGGACCAAAUGCCUCUCUUCAAGAGGACACCUUUCUUCUUACUGGACCCGCCAAAGGACUUGGAUCCCAAGGAGAAGGUGUUCCAAGUUCGAUUUACUAAGGAGAUAUUUCGAGAUUACCAGGAAUACCUGAAUAGGUUGAACCUUUACCGUAGAAGAGUUUGGACAUGUAAGGUGUCUGGAAAAUCCAAUUUAACCUAUGAGGAAGCUUUGGUCUCAGAGCAGCGCGCUGCAGAGAAGGCUCAACAGUUGCCAAGAGAGCUUAUGUCUCCUGUUCUCCAGAUGAUUCAAUACAGUACACUUAGCUUAACUGACCUUGUCAACAAGAUAUAUGGCAGUCUGCAAGAGAAUCUGUUUGAAGGAUUAGAAUUACAUGCUAAAAGAGAUGGUUUGGAGGCUGCUUGCAAGAUUCUGAAGGUUAUAGGUUCAGGUGAAACCACAAGCUAUGAGGUGGGCUGGAUUGGUCAAGACAAUGCAAUUACCAGCACUUCAGUUCUCAGAGCGGACGAUCUGAUUCGCAAGAAAGCGCCUUGUGGUCGUAAUAUGCUCAAGAUUUUUAUCAGGGAAUCAACAUCACAAAACUCUCCAUGGAUCGUACAUAUGAAUCUUGCGAAGAAAUAUGGCAUACCCACCGAGCCUCCAAAAGACAUGAUUAAUGGUGAAGGAUUGUCCAAAGCAAGGAAAAGACUAGCGAAUGGGACUGCAGAAGAUGCCAGCAAAAGGUCAAAGAAAGAUGAAGAGGAACAAGUAGUACCAGUUAAAUACCCAAUCGAUGAUCUUUUAGUAAAGCCGGUGGCAGAUGACCCUGUUUUGUCGAAGAGAUGCCCACCAUCCACAGAUUUCAAAGUCCCUAUAAGUUCUGUGGGAGAUCUCCUGAUGGUCUGGGAUUUCUGCAUGUCUUUUGGGAGGCUUUUAUGCUUGUCGCCGUUUUCCCUAUCAGAUCUGGAGAAUGCAAUUUGCCACAAAGAAACCAAUCUUGUUCUUCUUGUGGAAAUACAUACUGCACUUCUCAAUUUGCUUAUUAAUGAUGAAGGUGAAUAUUUUGAGUUUAUCCAGGACAAGAACAGAAAAUCAAAGGUAUCUUUAGUCACAUGGAAGGAGUAUCUAUGUGAUUUCAUGGAAAUGACAAGUAUCUCCAGUAACAUAUCAACAGUACGAAGGGGUCACUAUGGUCUUGUUCCCACUAGCCUGAAACUUGAAAUCCUACGGGAAUUGGUAGAUGAAGCCAUUGCAACUAUUGCUGUAAAAGAGAAAUUAGAUGAACGCAUUGAUCAGCAACAAGCACUUGCAGCAGAAAAAAGAGAGAUUGCUAGAAAGAAUAAGGAAGAGCAGAAGCUGAUCAUGGAAGUGGCAACAGAAAAGGAAAUGAAUCAGACAAAUGCUGUACAGGAUGGCAACGAGAAUGUUAAUGGCCAGCUUGUGGCAAAAGAAGGGAAGGAGAGGAAGAACACUCCCGCCAGCAAAAUGGGAGAUGCGAAAUUGCAUCUGGGGAGGCAUCUUGAGAAAGAACUACUGGACCAAUCAGUACGAACUAGUCCUCUUGGAAAAGACAGAUUCUAUAACAGGUAUUGGUUUUUUAAGCGUGAAGGAAGACUUUUUGUUGAAAGUGCAGAUUCCAAAGAGUGGGGGUACUAUAGCACCAAGGAAGAGCUUGAUGCGCUCAUUGGGUCUUUAAACAUUAAAGGCAUAAGGGAGAGAGCACUCAAACAACAGCUUGACAAGUUCUACAACAAGAUAAGUAUUGCUGUGGAGAAGAGAUUGAAGGAGGUGACACAUCAGUUGUUAGUUGAAGAGGCUGUAUUGCGGCGUUCUUCUCGUGUACAUGCUCAUCCAAAGGACAGCCCCUCUACGUCAUUCCUCGAGUAUGUCAACACAUGGAAGCCUAUUACGAAGAGAAACAAAUCAAAAGAAGAUCGAGCUACUUAGUUGAUAGAUGGAUAGGCUACUUUUUGUAUGGCCUAUUUGUUGUCUCAACUCUGGACCGUAGUAGGGGCUCAUUUCUUGCGCCAAAUUUUCGGAAACUAAGGCAGUCGAACUGGAGCUGCAUGUAAUUUGACCCCGGGUAGAGUCGAUGUUUUCUUUGUUUCUGUAGUUGGUACUGAAGUGGAGAUGCUGAAAACCAAUCGUUAGCUAGAAUCUGUUCUAUGUCGUGGAUUUGACAAUUUCCACGCUCUUUCACAAGUGCAAUUAUUAUCUAGGAGUAUGUCUUUGGUUUUCCA